GUCUUCCCCCAUCAUGAUGCAGUCGCCUCCUCGCAUGACCGACUUCGAGGUCCUCGAGGCCCAGCGCGAGAAGCUGGCUGCUGUCCAGCGCGAGGCUGUCCGCCAGGUCAUGCUCGAGAAGGAGCGCCGCAAGCUGGCCGCCAAGAAGAAGAGCCGAGCUCACGUUAGCUCCAAGAAGAGCCCCAAGUCCAAGCUUUCCUCCAUGACUCCCAUCUCCGAGUAAAUCUACGCCACUGCUCUCGGGUCAUGCGCGGGCGUAUGGGCUCUUCUCUCUUCUAAUUCACGGCUUUAUUACUCAAAAAGCCUCCUAAUAGACUGACAGCAUCUGCACUGUCUCACGACUUUACGACACUUUUUCUAUGACUGUUUUUAGCACAGCCAC